UUUCGUUAACAAGGUAUCGAAUCACACGGUCACAGGUGGGCAUGGGAUGGCUUUUUUUUACUGCAAUUCACUUCCAGCCCGGUCAGGGGCUUCGAGUGCACUUCUCUGCGCCCCAGCUCACGUCCCGACAGGCUUCAAAUUCCAGACGCUCAAGUCUCCAGGUCCAGUUAUCGCAGCUACAGGUUCGCGCCCGCCCGUCUCACGCAUGCGCCCUACGCCUGCAGGGCUCGGCGCUGGGAGCCCAGUUCUUGGUUUAAACCGGCCUCAAUUUACCUUCCCCACAGCCUUCCAUACAACUGCGCCUGAGGCGGAAGUGAGAGGGCGGGGCGACCGCGCGCCCCGCCCCGGAAGUGGGUGGGCCCAGCCGACCCAACAGUCUUCCCGGCCGCCUCCCAGUCGGGUUGGGGCCGAGGCCGGUCCUGGCUUUGUAGCUCGCUCAAGAUGGCGGCGCAGCCACCCAGCGGGAUCCGCCUCAGCGCGCUUUGCCCGAAGUUUUUACAUACAAAUUCUACUAGUCACACUUGGCCAUUCAGUGCAGUUGCUGAAUUAAUAGAUAAUGCUUACGAUCCCGAUGUGAAUGCUAAACAGAUAUGGAUUGACAAAACAGUGAUAAAUGACCAUAUAUGCUUGACAUUCACUGAUAAUGGGAAUGGUAUGACUUCAGAUAAAUUACAUAAAAUGCUAAGCUUUGGCUUCAGUGACAAAGUCACCAUGAAUGGUCAUGUCCCAGUUGGCUUGUAUGGGAAUGGCUUCAAGUCAGGUUCUAUGCGUUUGGGUAAAGAUGCCAUCGUAUUUACCAAAAAUGGAGAAAGCAUGAGUGUGGGCUUCUUGUCCCAGACCUACUUGGAAGUCAUAAAAGCGGAACACGUUGUUGUCCCAAUCGUGGCGUUCAACAAGCACCGACAGAUGAUAAAUUUAACAGAAUCAAAAGCAAGCCUUGCGGCAAUUCUGGAACAUUCUCUGUUUUCUACGGAACAGAAAUUACUGGCAGAACUUGAUGCUAUCAUGGGUAAGAAGGGGACAAGGAUCAUCAUUUGGAACCUUAGAAGCUACAAAAGUGCAACAGAGUUCGAUUUUGAUAAGGAUAAAUACGACAUCAGAAUUCCUGAAGAUUUAGAUGAGACAACAGGGAAGAAAGGGUACAAGAAACAAGAAAGAAUGGACCAAAUCGCCCCUGAGAGUGACUAUUCCCUGAGGGCUUACUGCAGCAUAUUAUACCUAAAGCCAAGAAUGCAGAUAAUCUUACGUGGACAGAAAGUGAAGACACAGCUGGUUUCGAAGAGUCUUGCCUACAUUGAACGUGAUGUUUAUCGACCCAAAUUUUUAACUAAAACAGAAGGGAGCGAGGUGGUAUGUUCAGAAUUUUCCUUAACAUCUAAGACUAAAACAGUGAGAAUUACAUUUGGAUUCAACUGCAGAAAUAAAGACCAUUAUGGGAUAAUGAUGUAUCACAGAAAUAGACUCAUCAAAGCUUAUGAGAAAGUUGGAUGUCAGUUAAGGGCAAACAACAUGGGUGUUGGAGUGGUGGGAAUUAUAGAGUGUAAUUUCUUAAAGCCAACUCAUAAUAAACAAGAUUUUGACUAUACUAAUGAGUACAGGCUGACAAUUGCAGCGCUAGGAGAAAAGCUGAAUGAUUACUGGAAUGAAAUGAAAGUCAAGAAGAAUUCAGAAUAUCCUCUGAAUUUGCCAGUUGAAGAUAUUCAGAAACGUCCUGAUCAGACAUGGGUUCAAUGUGAUUCCUGUCUAAAGUGGCGAAAAUUACCAGAUGGAAUAGAUCAACUUCCAGAAAAAUGGUAUUGCUCCAAUAACCCUGACCCACAGUUCAGAAAUUGUGAUGUUCCAGAAGAACCCGAAGAUGAAGAUGUGGUGCAUCCUACUUAUGAAAAAACCUACAAAAAGAAAGACAAGGAAAAAUUCAGGAUCCGACAACCAGAAGUGAUCCCUCGGAUUAAUGCUGAACUCUUGUUUCGGACACCCACCGUGUCAAGUCAGAGCUUUACUUCCGUGAAGGAAACUGUUCCAAGAGGCCAUCUUUCAGAAGUGGCAAAUACGUAUGCAACAAGACUUCUAAAUAACCAUCGAGGUUCACCCCAGUCUGAACCCGAGAGCAACAACCUGAAACGGAGAUUUUCUACUCGUUCGUCAAUUCUGAAUUCAAAGACUCGGAGAUUGAGUAAUCAGGCAUUUGAAAAUUCAGCCUAUAAAGAUGAUGAUGAUGAAGAUGUCAUCAUCUUGGAAGAAAACAGCACUCCCAAACCUGCGGUGGAUCAUGAUAUUGAAGUGAAGUCAGAACAGAGUCCCAUGGAGCACAGCAGCCUGCAGGCGGAGCCGGUGGCUGAGAAGGAAAUCUGUGGCCAGACCAGCUCCGCAGGCGCCUCGUCCUCCCGAUGUGAUCAGGGAACUGCCGCGGCCACCCAGACCGAAGUCCCAGGUGUGGUUGUUAAAAAAGAAGAGACGCUCGAAGAUGACAUCGACGCAAGGAAUGAUACGGCUGUGCUGCCAUCCUGUGUAGAAGCUGAAGCAAAGACACAGGACACCCAGGAAACCUUUGAUAAAUCUGUAGCUGAUGCUAGUUGCCAGUUAAAUGAACUGAGAAAUGAGCUGCUUCUAGUGACCCAAGAAAAAGAAAAUUACAAGAGACAGUGUAAUGUGUUCACUGACCAAAUCAAAGGGUUACAGCAGAGGAUACUGGAACUGAACGACAAAUACGUGAAGAAGGAAAUGUGCCAUCAGUCUACCGAAACUGACGCUGUAUUUUUACUUGAAAGUAUUAAUGGCAAAUCUGAAGGUCCGGACCACGUGGUGUCUCAGUAUCGGCAAGCUCUGGAAGAAAUAGAAAGGCUGAAGAAACAGUGCAGCGCUUUGCAGCACGUCAAGGCCGAGUGCAGUCAGUGUUCCAGUAGUGAGAGCAAAAGUGAAGUGGACGAAAUGGUUGUGCAGCUGGAUGACGUGUUCAGACAGCUGGACAAGUGCACUGCGGAGAGGGACCAGUAUAGAAGUGAGGUUGAAUUAUUGGAAAUGGAAAAAUCACAAAUGCGUUCACAAUUUGAAGAACUGAAAAUUGAAAUCGAACAAUUAAAAUCCACAAAUCAACAAUUAGGAGCAGAUGUUUCAACUUCAAGUAACAUUGAGGAGUCUGUAAAUUGUACUGAUGGGGAAAGCCUCAAACUUCGAUCUCUUCGAGUUAACGUAGGACAGCUGUUGGCCAUGAUUGUACCCGAUCUCGAUCUUCAGCAAGUGAAUUACGAUGUUGAUGUGGUUGAUGAAAUUUUAGGGCAAGUUGUCGAACAAAUGAGUGAAAUCAGUAGUACCUAAAGUAUAUUUUAUGUGAGAUAAUAAAAAUACUUGCUUAAUCCUCUUGGUUGUACAGCUUUCAAAAUGUAAACAAUUUUGUUUUAUAGAUAUGAUAGGUAACAGACUGAAGAAUGAACCAUAAUCUUUACUGUAUUCUAUGCAUUCAAGUGUGGUCACAAAUACUGUGGACACAUUAUCACACCUUUUGAAAUGCCUGUGAAUCAUCGGUACUGAGCAGCUGACUAGCUAACUCAUGAUUCUGUUUUGAAAUGUAAAUAUUUGUAAUUAAGUCUGCACAUAUUUUUUUAUUCCCGUAGAGGACUUCAGUGUUUUUCACCAAGAGCUUUUCAGGUUGCCCCUAACCUUUGUGCAAUCUUUUCUGGUUCCCAAAGUAUUUUUCUCUGAAGCGAGGACUGUGCCACACUACAAGUGGAAAUGGUACCUUUGAUUUUCUUACAGAGAAGUUUAAACAGGAUUUUUUAAAAAUGGAAUUAUACUCCUAAGAAGAUAAAGUUGUAAGUGAAUUGACCAUUAAUGUUUCUUUUCUAUAAAUUCUUACCUCCUGAAGUAUUUUAUUCAUGGAAAUAAGGUAAACAGAAACUCUCCAUCCAGGAGUUUCCUUGUGCUGAGACUGCCAAUCAUGGUUCAACGCAGUGUUUUUUAUAGAACAAAGGAAUGAUCUUUAGUAUAAAAAAGCAUCAAAAAUAUGAAGUAUCCCACCACAUUUACUUUGAAGCCCAUUUUUGGCUGCUUCGUCAGCAUGGAGUGGGCACAAUAAUUGCUUAAUAUUUCUUUUUGUGAAAUUUCCUGUACAGCCUUUUGUAGGAUUACUACAGGUUCAUGAGAGUUGAGGAAGGUUGAGGAAGGCAGUCUUUCUCAAACAGUGCGGCAUACCUUUCACUAUAGUAUAGACCUAAGUAUUCUAUGGCCUGGGGGUGAGCGAACACUGCCCUAGGAUGGUAGGUUUACAUGCCAGAAAAAUUAAUGCUCUGUUGGUCCCACGUUUGUGCAAUUUUAAAGAGAUGGCUUUCUAUUAAGUAUAACUAUGUAUAUAUUAAGAAUCGUAUUUUCCACACUGAAAUGUGCAUUAUUUUUUUCAAAGUUUUAUCAUUGCUAUUUAUUUUUACUUUUGUUUCCGAACAUUCAGUCCAUGUUUCUUUUGUAUGUAUGCAUAAUUACAUGUCUUUCAUAUACAAUAUUAAAUUUUUACUGUACAUUAACUUCUAGAAAAAGCAAAUAAAUGAACGUUGUUUUUAUUUGCUUGAUAAAGUAAUUGAAAGUGUAUUUUUGGUAUGAAGCUGGUUUUCUGUCCUAAUUGUAUCUGCCCAAAUUUUAAAAUAUCUUGUAAUAAAAUAAAAAUAUAUAUAAUGGCUAACUCUUCAGAUACUACUUUUAAAGAAUUCUAUAUUCAAAUUAUAUUUUGGAAGCUAAAACUGUUCACUGAAGACCCUCAAGUUGAGCUCAUUUUGCUAUAUUAAUUGUAAGUUCUGUUUAGGAGACUAAAAUUCUGAAGACGGAGCUCACCUUGAGAGAAUGUGUGCGUGCGUGCGUGUGUAUGUUUUAUUUUACACUCAAGAAGAGACUUUUUCCUCUCUGUAAAUCAUUUAGGCUAAAGAAAACUUGCUUAAGUGAUAGCAUUGUAGAGCAUGUCUAAGUUUGUGAAUAUUUAUGUAGCAUUUCUUUCUGGAAUUUGCUAUUUUUCCCUUCCUUAGGGUCAGCUAUAUUCUUGCAAAAAUAUAUAUUUUAUAUGGCUGUUAUCUUGCUUAAUGGGAGAGUUAGGCAUAGGAUUAGUAAAUUUGCCUGCUAAAUUGAUUCCUUGGAAGUACUUACAUAUAUUUCACCCUUUAAGAAAAUAUUGCCAGGAUACAAUUCUUUGAAAAUGUAGCUAACAAAAUUUAACAGAACAAUGACAUGGGCUUUCAUGUAUAUAUCAUAUUUAGGUAGAGAUAUCUAUCUUUUGUCGUUAAGUUAAAUUUGUAAGAGGCUAAUGUGGGAGGACAGUGGUGUUUAAACUAGUUCUGACUAUAAAACAAAAACAGUAUGAGGAAGUAAACCAGCAUAGUCCACAGUCCCUGCACACAGGACCCGCUUUAAUUAGCAGAGGGUCCCCACAGCAGGAGUCGGGUGUGGCAUAUCAAUGUGUUUUUCAUUUGGGCCUCAAAUUCCUAAUGUGGGCAGUACUGCUGGUGACUCUGCCUGUGGUCUCUGAUACUUAAUGCUUGCAAUCAGCAGCCCAUUACUACAUUAUUUGUUACUGAAGAAGAAUUAAAGUGAUAACCUCUGGUGGUUCUCAGCCCUGGCUGCAUAUUAGAGUCACCUGAGAAGUUUUUAGGACUCCCAGUGCAAGGAUGCACCCCAUACUAAUUCAGAGUCUGGGUCUGGGUCCAGAUAUCAGUGUUUUGUUUUUUUUUUUUUAAAGGCCUCUCCGUGUGCCAUCAGAACUGAGAGCCAUUGAUCGAUACCUUCCUGCGAUGAGUGUUUACGGUACUGGACUCAGUUCGCUCCUGAAACAGUCAGGAUUGGCAGGGCUGCUUUCUCGCUGGGGCCAGCUCGGAGGGAGAAAGGGGAGCAGAGUUGGUGCCCAAGAUAGAGAUGCAAAUGGAACAGAAUACUAUAAAGUGAAAAGGUUUUUAUCCACUGCUUCCCUGAAGUUAACCACUUUUGUCAACUGUUGCUUUUUGUAUGUCCUUCCAGAAAAUAUUAGCUGCAUACAUAUACACAUUCAUAUAUAUGCAUUCAGUUUAUAUUAAAUUUUUAUAUCUUUAUAUUUGAUUAUAUAUUUGUAUCUCAAGUUUACACAAAGAUGAUACACCAGAUCAUUGGUAUCUUAACAUUUCCAUGUUACUUUUUUGAAUAGGUUUGGUAACAUUCUCUGAUCUGCAUAUGCUCCUAAUGCUCAUUUCUCGCUCAUGUUUUGACAUUACAAAAUAUGAUACUGUGGAAAUUAAUACACAUCACACACACUUUUAUAAGUAUACCCAGAGUGUAAGUUCUUUGAAGUGAAUAUUGAUAGGUCAAAGAGUGUAUGCUAUGUAACUUUUAAUAAAUGUUACCAUCCAAAAAUGAAUUUAAA